CACUUCCUGCCAUGCCCUAGUGGAGUGGGACUGGUGUUUUGCUGGCGGGGCGGGGAAGAGAACCUUGUGUUUGCUGCUGCUUUUAUAAUUAUGGGCAAGAAGCACAAGAAGCACAAGGCAGAGAAAGCAGAAUGGAGGUCGACGUCCGCGCCGGUCGUCAGCGCCGCUGGGACUGGCGCCGCUGGUUAUGACGAUUCCAUUUUCUUGGCCACUUUCGAUUCAUCAGAUUAUGUGGAUAAGCCCUUGGAGAAGCCAUUGAAACUGGUAUUGAAAGUUGGAGGCAGUGAAGUCACAGAGCUUUCAGGGUCAGGACAUGAUUCCAGUUAUUAUGAUGAUAGAUCAGACCAUGAGAGAGAACGGCAUAAAGAAAAGAAGAAGAAGAAGAAGAAGAAAUCUGAUAAAGACAAAGAAAAGCAUCUCGAUGAUGAAGAGAGACGGAAGAGAAAGGAAGAAAAGAAAAGAAAAAGGGAGAAGGAACAUUGUGAUACUGAGGGUGAAAUGGAUGACUUUGAUCCUGGAAAGAAAGUAGAAGUUGAACCACCUUCUGAUCGUCCAGUUCGGGCCUGUAGAACUCAACCUGCAGAAAAUGAAAGCACACCUAUCCAACAAUUACUGGAACAUUUUCUUCGUCAGUUACAAAGGAAAGACCCUCAUGGGUUUUUUGCUUUUCCGGUCACAGAUGCCAUUGCUCCUGGAUAUUCAAUGAUAAUAAAACAUCCUAUGGAUUUUGGUACAAUGAAAGAGAAAAUUUCAGCAAAUGAGUACAAGUCUAUAACAGAGUUCAAGGCAGAUUUUAAACUGAUGUGUGACAAUGCCAUGACAUACAACAGACCAGACACUGUAUACUACAAGUUGGCUAAGAAGAUCCUCCAUACAGGCUUUAAGAUGAUGAGCAAAGAACGGCUGUUAGCUUUGAAGCGCAGCAUGUCGUUUAUGCAGGACAUGGAUUUUUCUCAGCAGGCAGCUCUUUUGGGCGAUGAAGACCCAGCUGUUGAGGAACCUGUGCCCGAAGUUGUUCCUGUGCAUGUAGAAACUACUAAGAAAUCCAAAAAGCCAAGUAAAGAAGUUAUUAGUUGUAUAUUUGAACCAGAAGGAAAUGCAUGCAGUCUAACAGACAGUACAGCUGAAGAACAUGUCCUGGCUUUGGUGGAGCAUGCAGCAGAUGAAGCACGGGACCGGAUCAAUCGAUGUCUCCCAAACAGCAAGAUAGGCUACCUGAAAAAGAAUGGUGAUGGGUCCUUGGUCUUUAGUGUGCUCAAUCCAUCAGAUCCAGAAGCAGAAGAGGAGGAAACCCAUCCAGUGGAUCUGAGUUCUCUGUCAAGCAAAUUGUUACCUGGUUUCACAGCAAUGGGCUUUAAAGAUGAAAGAAGGCACAAAGUUACAUUUCUUUCAAGUGCCAAUGCAGCACUUUCGAUGCAAAACCAUGCUAUCUUUCAUGAUCUUAAAGCAGAUGAAAUGGAACUACUAUAUUCAGCAUAUGGAGAUGAAACUGGGAUUCAGUGUGCCUUAAGUUUGCAGGAAUUUGUGAAAGAUUCUGGAAGUUAUAGUAAAAAAAUAGUGGAUGACUUACUGGAUCAGAUCACUGGUGGAGAUCAUUCAAAAACUAUUUAUCAGCUAAAGCAAAGGAGAAACAUUCCAGUAAAGCCACCAGAUGAAGUCAAAGUACCACCAGUCCUCAUAAAAGAAGAGCACAAAUUGCGCAAUACUUGCCCAGAUGCCUCCAAGCAAAGUAUGGUUGGAGAAGCCAUUGGAGACAAUACUAGUUCUGUUUUAGAUUUUUUAUCCAUUAAGCCCUAUUCAGAUGUGUCACUUGAUAUAUCCAUGUUGAGUUCAUUGAGUAAAGUUAAGAAGGAACUUGAUCAUGAUGACAAUCACUUACACUUGGAUGAAACUACCAAAUUACUACAGGACCUUCAUGAAGCACAGACUGACAGAGUAGGAUCCAGGCCUUCUUCCAACCUCAGCUCCCUCUCUAAUGCUUCUGAAAGGGAUCAGCAUCAUCUAGGAAGCCCAUCUCACCUAAGUGUAGGAGAACAACAAGACAUGGUCCAUGACCCCUAUGAAUUUCUUCAAUCUCCAGAACCUACAAAUGCCAAUAACUAACUUCAUAUAUACAGUAUUUAAUUUGUCUUCCUUAAUCUGCGUAACAUUUUUGCAUAAUUCCAUCAAAUAAUAUGCAUUUCAAUUUGUCCUCUCUUUUUUAUGAUUGCUGUGUAAUAAUGCUUGUGCAUAUAUUUGUAAAUUUGGCAUGAAUAUAAUGUAUCAUGGUACAUGCCCCAUUUCAUGCAGUAUUUUAGGGAUACAUAGAAUAGAUCUGAAGAAGUAGUUGCAAAUUACGUAUUUAAGAAGCCUAAUUUAUAUUUUUUUAAAGCUAACCAGCUGUUUAUCAUGCUGUUAAUCAUUAAAACUUUUAUACUUUAUGUACAACUAUUGCCAUGUAACAGUCUUCUACAAGGAGUAUUUUUCACUGGUAAUAUAGCUUUCAGAACUAUGGCUGUCUUUAUGUUGUCCCUUUUCUUCCCCCAGUUGUAAAGCGAAAAGUUACUGACACUCUAGAUCCUCUUAAUUUUGGAUGGACAAGAAUCUGUAAUAUUGAGUACUUCCUCAGAUUGUCCAGUUCUUAAAAAUGUUUUGUGAAUACAAGUGAAAUUGUACCUGCAGAAAGGGUAAAUAUUUUGUUGUUUUUAAAUUAAGUAUUUGAAAUUUGACAUUGAAUGAUUUUUUAAAACAAUAUUAUGUAUAAACUAGAAUAAUUAGUUGUUCAUUAACAAUAUUGUAAAUAUUAAAAAAAACUCUCCAAAAUGUACUUGUAUUCAGGUGUUUCCAGUAUAUAAUUUGUUUGCCACUUCUUCAUUAGAUUGAAAAUUGAUAUUCUAUAUCUAAAUCUGCUAAAAUUUAGAAUUAAAAAAUACUUUAGAGCACUUGUCAUGCAGUUCUAAUACAUAAAACAAAAUUGUUGGCUAUUCUAAA